AUGUUUCGCUACCACCCUAUAAAAUGCUUUCUAGCAAUAAUGUCGGACUACCCACCAACUGGCCUCCCCGCCUCCAUCAAGGCCCUCCCCGAGUGGAUCCAGAAGGGUUGCGGCGAUGCCGAGUACUACUGCGAAGAGAAGGAAGCCACCUUCCUCGCUGGCAAGCUUCCCGACAAGCUCCCCGACCUCUCCAACCACACCUCCUUCUUCGCCGACACCAUGCGAUCCCAGCCUGAGCUCUACGAGAAGCUCAAGUCCAAGACCACCAAGCUCGGCGUCAACAUCGGCCACUGCAUCAAGACCGGCGUUGACAACAAGGGUCACCCCAUGAUCAAGACCGUCGGCGCCGUCGCUGGUGAUGAAGAGUCCUACGAGCUUUUCAAGGAAUUCUUCGACCCCGUCAUCUCCGCCCGACACAACGGCUACGCCCCCGAUGCCAAGCACCCCACUGACAUGAACCCCGCCAACCUUUCCACCACGCCCAUCGAUCCCACUGGCAAGUACGUCCUCACCACCCGAUGCCGAACUGGCCGAUCCGUCCGAGGCACUCGACUUCCUCCAUGCUGCUCCUUCGAAGAGCGACGAGAACUCGAGCGAGUCAUCGUCAAGGCUCUCCUCAACCUCGAGGGUGACCUCAAGGGUGACUACUUCCCCCUCCACGGCUCCAAGUCAUACGCCGCCAAGCCCAACGGCAUGACCGAGGAGAAGGAAGAAUCCCUCCGAAAGAACGGAAACCUCUUCCAGGAGCCCGACUCCACUCUUCUCCUCUCUUCCGGUUGCGGCCGACACUGGCCCGAUGCCCGAGGUAUCUUCCACAACGAAGCCGAGAACUUCUUCGUCUGGGUCAACGAGGAGGAUCAGAUGCGAAUCGUCUCCAUGCAGAAGGGUGCUUCCGUCGUCGAAAUCUUCAAGCGAUUUGCCGCUGCUACUGAGGGUAUCCAGAAGGUCCUGAAGCAGGAAGGUUACGACUUCAUGCACAACGACCAUCUCGGUUGGGUCCUCACCUGCCCCUCCAACCUUGGAACCGGUCUCCGAGCUGGCGCCAUGGUCCAGGUCCCCAAGUUCUCCGCCCGAGCUGACUUCAAGCAGGUCCUUGCAAAGAUGGGUCUCCAGGCCCGAGGUACCGCUGGUGUCGACUCCGCCUCCACUGGUGGCACCUGGGACAUCUCCAACGCCGAUCGACUCGGCAAGUCCGAAACCCAGCUCGUCAACAUCUUCAUCGAGGGUGUCUCCCAGAUCAUCCGAUGGGAACAGGCCCUCGAGGAAGGCAAGGACAUCGAAGCCGAAGUCGCCAAGGCCGCCCUUCCCGCCAAAUAUUAA